GACCGUGAACUGGCCCGAGUGAAGUCCACGCAUCCGUCUCUUCCCGCUCCGGCCCAUUGCCCAUUCCGUUCACAAAUUCACUUCUCUCUCUCUCCGUCGAGAUGCUUCGUGGCUCCGCCGCCCUCCUCCGCCGCCUCGCCCCUCGUAUCUCGGGCGGUGGCUGCGGAAACACGACUCACCGGCGCCUUCUUCCUCCCAUCGCCCCCUUCCUCCGCGCCCGCUUCUUGUCUGCCCCGACUACCUCUUCACCGCCUUCUUCGUCUUCAGCUGCCUGCCACGAGGAGGAUGCGGAGGACAGAGACCUCCCCGAGAUCUCCAAUGGUGAUGCAGGUGCCCGGCUCAGCAUCUCCGUCGACCGCUCCGGGCUCUACAACCCCACAGGUGUUGUUGUGUCAAAAUGCGGCAGAGCACUCGCACGAGCCGUCGUCGGAAUCCGAGCUCGUCAAGCACAUCAAGAGCAUCAUAAAGUUUCGGAGUGGGCCAAUCAGCAUAGCUGAAUACAUGGAGGAGGUGCUGACGAACCCACAGUCAGGAUUCUACAUCAACCGUGACGUGUUUGGGGAAUCAGGGGAUUUCAUCACCUCGCCAGAGGUCAGCCAGAUGUUUGGAGAGAUGAUUGGUGUAUGGGCAAUGUGCCUCUGGGAGCAAAUGGGAAAGCCAGCGAAGGUGAAUCUGAUUGAGCUUGGCCCAGGACGAGGAACACUCUUGGCUGAUUUACUUAGGGGAUCGGCCAAGUUUGCUAACUUCACCAAGGCACUGAGCAUUAACUUAGUUGAGUGCAGCCCUACAUUGCAAAAAAUCCAGUAUAAUACUCUGAAAUGUGAAGAUGAACAUGUUGGUGAUGGCAAGAGAACAGUUAGCAAGAUUUGUGGAGCCCCUGUUUGUUGGCAUGCCUCCCUCGAACAGGUUCCCUCAGGAUCACCAACCAUAAUCAUUGCACAUGAAUUCUAUGAUGCCUUACCAAUCCAUCAGUUUCAGAAAGCAUCACGUGGAUGGUGCGAAAAGAUGGUGGAUAUUGCAGAAGAUUCUUUGUUUCGGUUUGUUUUGUCUCCCCAUCCCACAGCCUCUUUAAUCUACCUCGCCAAGCGUUGUGGUUGGGCUAGCUCCGAGGAGCUUGAGAAGAUUGAGCACAUUGAAGUCUGCCCCAAAGCAAUGGAGCUUACCGAACAAAUUGCAGAUAGAAUUAGUUCGGACGGCGGAGGCGCUCUUAUUAUUGACUAUGGAAAAAAUGGAAUAGUGUCCGAUAGUCUCCAGGCCAUCCGCAAACACAAGUUUGUGGACAUAUUAGACGAUCCUGGCUCCGCUGAUUUGAGUGCCUACGUUGAUUUUGCUUCGAUCAAGCGCUCCGCCGAGGAAGCUUCAGACGAUAUCUCGGUCCAUGGGCCAAUGACGCAGUCCCAGUUCCUGGGUUCUCUCGGCAUCAACUUCAGGGUAGAAGCUCUCCUGCAGAACUGCACCGAGGAGCAGGCGGAAUCAUUGCGGACGGGCUACUGGCGACUGGUUGGAGACGGGGAAGCCCCGUUCUGGGAAGGCCCCGAGGACCAGGCGGCACCUGUUGGAAUGGGCACCAGGUACUUGGCCAUGGCCAUUGUCAACAAGAAGCAGGGCACGCCCAUUCCGUUCGAGUGAGGGUCCGGCUCGGGCAUAGCUUUCCCCGUUCUGUUGGAAUGUAGCAGCGUUGUCGAGGGGUUUUGAUGAUCAGAUCAGCCAAUUCUUCUCUGCUUUUUCUCAUGUACACGCAAAACAUGGUCUCGUUAUUUUGUGACGGACGGAAGGAGGGUACCUACUCGACUGAAACAGCUCAUAAUUGUGUCCUAUGCCAUUACAAUCGCAAUGUUCCUCUCCUGUCGAAAUGGGCCUCUGCACGCUAUUAUUCGAGACGUGCAGCCCCUGAGAAAGAAGCGUGCGUCUGUUGGCCACUUGGCCUGCAGAGUCAGCCUGUUUA